UAUUUACAUAAUGCCGCCUAAGUUCGAUCCUAAUGAAAUUAAAAUCGUUAACCUAAGAUGUGUUGGUGGAGAAGUCGGUGCCACAUCAUCCUUGGCUCCCAAAAUUGGUCCUCUUGGUCUGUCUCCUAAGAAAGUGGGUGAUGACAUUGCAAAGGCCACUGGUGAUUGGAAAGGUCUGAAGAUUACAGUACAACUCAUUGUGCAAAACAGGCAAGCUCAAAUCUCUGUUGUGCCUUCAGCUGCGGCACUCAUAAUCAGAGCUCUCAAAGAACCACCACGUGAUCGCAAGAAACAAAAGAACAUAAAACACAAUGGCAACAUCACUCUUGAAGACGUUAUUGGCAUCGCCAAGGUCAUGAGGCCGCGUUCAAUGGCACGAUACCUAUCUGGCACUGUUAAGGAAAUCCUCGGUACAGCUCAGUCUGUUGGAUGCACAGUGGAAGGCAGGCCCCCACAUGACCUCAUAGUGGACAUCAACAAUGGGGCACUCACCAUUGAUGAAUAAAUAAAUUAAGAAUCGGACCCCU